AUGUAUUUUGCUAUCCUGAUAACAAUUUUAUGUGGACUCUCAGGAGCAAGGAAUCAAAGAGGAUCUCAAAAACUAGAAAGUGAAUCUGGAGCCACAGAAAAUUACAGGGAUGACACGAAGGAUUAUUUCGAUACCAACAAAGAUCUGUCUGCUUCGGAUAUUAGAUUGGCCUUUCAGAACUUUAAAUGGACCAGUAGACAUGAUAAAGAAAAGCCAGUGAAGAAAAAUGUUACCCUGAACACCGUGGAAUCGUUCUGGUCAAUGUAUCACCAUGGUAACCUUCAGGAUGCUUCUGAUAGUCAGACAGUUCUGAGUUGCACUGAGAAUAAUAUUCCUCAAGUAGACAAGAAUCAAUUUUUGGGGCAUGCUAAUGUUGAAAAUAUACAAACAUGGACUGAGAAACUCCAUACAUAUCCGAUUGUAUUUGGCAAUGUCAUAUUGAACAAAGUCGCUAAGUUAAGUGAGAAUUUACUUCCUCACGAAUUCAUUCAAUUACUAGUGAGGAUAUUCUCUGUUUCAAAAGAGAUAUUUCUUGUUGAUUCGUCCAUUGAUAGCUUAAUGCAAUCAUAUUUUGAAGCCAUUUGGCCAAGACCAAAAGAAUUGGUAGAGGAAGUAUGUAAAGCUGGUAAAUUGAUGUGUUAUGAUAUAAAACAGAUACAGGUGUGGAAUGAAGAGAGAUUUGUUUUACAAGUGACCAUAAAGAAUCAUCAGAGACAACUUCACCCUCAUUUCUGUGUUCAAUAUCAACAAGGUGAAGAUUGUUAUUUAGAAUACAGUCUUAACAAUACAAAAGUUAUCAAUCAACAAAAUAUAACCCUUGUAGAGAAUAUUAAUGAUAAUUAUAUACCCCUUGAUAUUUUACUGUAUCAUACAGUAAUAAGUGAGAAAUGUCUAGAAGAAUUACUAAUAAAGUUAUUAAAGAAAGAUUUGUUUGAUAAUGAUAUUAGAAAUAUUAUGUUAGAUGGUGAAUAUAUCACAUAUCACUCAAAUUGGAAUGGUGAAAGACAACAAGAUCAUGAAGUCAAUUGGGUAAAAACACAUGUGUUGAAGAAAACAGGAACAAUUAAAAUUCCUAAUGAAAUCAUAACAGCAGAAAUUAAUAAACCUAGUCUUAUAAAUGAUUCUGGUCCACAAGUCAGAACUGGUGUUGGAAAAAUACAGCAAAGUUAUUACGAAACCAUAAAAGAUAUAACUGAUACAGUUUUAACUCGUGAAGAGAAACAAGUCCAACUAGGCUUAUUAUACUUGACUGAAUCUUUUGAAGACCCAACUAGAAGGGCACCAAGAUUACGGUAUAGACUCCAGGGCAUUAAACCAGUAACCAGCAAAUCACAAAAUAAUUUGAAAUUAAGGAAAAGAAUUAAUGAUACAUUUCCUCUAUCAUCAAUAGUUGAAAAACUCCAGGAAAAUAGAGUUCUUCCAGGAAAUAAUUCCAAUACAAUUCCACUAAAUCAUAUUGAACCAAACUUGAGGGUUUCAAGGAAUAGUGUACUCAAUGUAUUAAAGAACAAGGUCAAGUUAAGAGAAAAAGAUUUAAAUACAUCACAUGCUCCAAGACCCAUUUUUAAAAAGAGAAAUUUAUUAUCAAUAUCUAAGCAUACCAAAAAUUCCAUCAAUAGGUUUUUGAAAUCCCGCAAACUUAUACCAGGGGGUGAACGAUACUCUAGUCACAAAUCUCGAAAGAGCUCAAUUACAAAUCAGAAAGAUUUCCAAAACAGUGGAGAAGAGUUUGAUAAGCUAUGGUCCAUGGUUAGAAAAGACAUACCCCAUAUAUUGGGUCACACCAGAAAGAGGGAUGUGUUAAUCUAUGGAGAAGAGGCCUAUUGUAUGUUGAGUUGUAAACUGUCCAUGGUGUAUCCUUUAGCUAGUAUUAUAACUAUAGUGCCUCAACAAGAUAACUUCAAAAAAUGUUUAAAUAUGGGGGAUAAUCUACCUCACAGGUCUAAUUUAGUAUUUCAUACGAAGUUGGACUCUUCACUAAUAAACCAAAUCUACAGUCUACCUCAGAUGUUAGAUUUACAGAUCUUAGGAAUGGACAUCUUGACCAAUAUGAUAACUACAGGACAUGGUUUUCUACUUUAUCUUGGUAAAUUAUUAACACAAGCCAAAACAACUAUUUUAGAGUUACCAUCUGUUUACCAUCUACAACAAGCACUCGAUAUUGUUGCACAAUUCAAGACAAUUGACCAUAACAACACUACUGGUAUAAAAUAUUCUGUUCAGGGAAUGAUACACCAAGCUCUACAGAUAGUACAAGCAGAUUAUUAUCCCGUAAAAAUCUUUAACAGCAGAUCAUAUAACAAUAGCAUAGUUCUGAUACAGUUGAACUCUUUUAAUAAAAAGAUUCAAACUAACUGCAAGGGUACAGACAGUAGUAUUAUGAAAUAUAAUUAUAAUUCUGGUGUAAUUAUUGAUCAAGAUUUGUUACAACCUGGAAUAAGUCUACAAUAUAUUUUAAUUCUGAAACUUCAUCCUGUUGCUAGAAGUUCUCUGUUUAAGGAAUAUCUAAAGCUACCAAUAAUUAGAGAUAUGUGUCCAAUCAAUAUAUUAUGGUCAAAUCAAACAUUAAUACAUCGACAAUUACAAUUACAAGUUGAUGACAUCAGUAUUAUACAGCAAAGAGUAGAUGAUUUAAAAUCUGAAAUUAAAGAUGAACAGUUUCUAUUUAUAGAUUUCAAUAACAAUGAUUAUAACAAAAUGACAACAUAG